AUGAGUGAUAAGACUAAUACUGCAAAUUCUUUGAAGGAAAGAGAGAAAAGGAAAAGGCAGGUCCUUAAACCAAUUCUUGAUAAUCCUUUCACAACAGUGAAUUGGCCAUUUGUAGAACCACAAAAAGCAGAAAUCAUUUUAGAGCAUUUAUGUCUCAUUUUGAACCAAAUAUCAACUUAUAAGAAUAAUGUGAAAAAUUCAACUAAACCUCCUCCGCCACCAGAAGUAAUGAACAAGACCAUUUUAGGGUUCAAUGAAAUCACCUCAGCAUUGGAAAAACAAGCAAAAAGCGAACAUGAUACUACAAUAAAUUACGUUUUAGUGUGUAAGUAUGAUCUCCAACCAAGUAUAUUGACUCAACACUUCCCUGUCCUUACUUAUACUGCUUCAAAAGGUAGCAACACUAGUAUAAAAUUAGUUCAAUUACCGAGAGGAAGUCUUGAAAAGAUUUCUGAUGCAGUAGGUGAAAACGUAGGUAUAAUAGGACUUAUGAAUGGAAUACCUCAUAGUGAAGCUUUGAUGGAAGUGUUAAAUCUGAUAGAUGAUGUAAACGUUCCAUAUUUGGAAACUGAAGAAUUCCAAAAGUUACAAAUCAAGUUCAUAUCAACCUCAAUGCCAAUUGGAGUACCCAAAAAUGAUCAGAAACAAAAGAAGAAGGUUGAAAAAGUUAUUAAGAAGUAA